AUGGGAUUUGGAGAUAAAUGGACCAACUGGAUUAUGGAGUGCGUGAGAACUGCAUCGAUGUCCAUUCUUGUUAAUGGAUCGAUCACCUACUUCGCCGUUCAAUUUACAGAGAGGUCUACGAAACUUUCAACAGGGUUGGUUAUUCUUAGAGGCAGAGAACUUGGGAUUCUAAAGGGGAUCACUGUUGGAGCAAACCAUGUCCCAAUAACCCACCUACAGUUUGCCGAUGAUACAAUUAUCUUUGCUCCUGCGAAUACAGAGAUCAUUGGCAACUACAAGAAGUCUUUGCAAUGUUUUGGCUUGAUGUCAGGUCUCAAGAUCAAUUAUGGAAAGUCCACGCUUAUCCCGUUGAACUGCGAGGAAAGUUGGAUUGAAGAAGAGUGUGGCGUCUCCAAGCUGCCACUUAUUUACCUUGGCAUUCCCCUUGGAGCAAGCCCUCAUAAGGCCCAAACAUGGAAACCAAUCAUCGAGAAAGUAGAAAGAAGAUUAGCACUUUGGAAGGCAAGAACUCUCUCGAAAGCGGGUCGGUUGGUCCUCGUCAAAGCAGUUUUGUCUAACCUCCCGUUGUAUUACCUUAGUCUCUUCCGAAUGCCCAAAAAAAGUAGCAGCACGCAUCAUCCUUCUACAGAGGCGCUUUUUUUGGGGUAA